UUAAGUUCCUUCAAAACAAAAACAACAACAAAAAAAUGAUUCCUUCAUCACCUUUAGGACAUAAUCCCCAGUGAAAACACUAGAGGGCGUUAAUGUACAGCUUUAUGGCUUAGUUUAACCUUACCUACAAUAAUCUUCACGAAAUAAACCGAAUUCAUUUUUGGGCCUUAUAAAUCUUCACAACCAUAACAUUUGGCAAAAAUUAUAUGUUAGACAAUACAUUACAUUAUUUUUUUCACUUUUUCAACUUUUCCAUUUAAAUAAGUCCUGUUUUUUUUUUUUUUUACAUCACGUAUAUGUAAAAAUUUGACUUUAAGACUUACUAAUAUGAGCUAUAAUGCAGCUUUUAAAUAAAGCACAAAGAAUGCGGAUUCUUUAAGGGUAUAGUCACGUGAUUCACCAUGGCAACACUGGCUGUCAUCAGUUCCGCGCGAGCAAAGGUGUUGAGUGUUCAGAACCGGGCAGACAGAUGCACUCUUAGUAUUAAUGUCCUCUGGAUUAAAGAAAGCUCUCCUGUUAUUGCUUGAUUGCUUGAUUCAUAUCAAAGAUCACUGCGCAGCGACAAAAUGAGUCAUCUGAACCAAGGUCUUAUUUCAGCUUACAAUAGCUUAGCUGACAAACACCUGACUGGAUACUUCAACAAUGCAAGAAUACGAAGACAUCUAAAGAAAGUUGGGUUGAUCACUCGGAGCGGCCGGAUUGUUCCAGAUAAGGAGUACAAGCACAAGCUGAUCCAGCGAGCGCAUCAGAAACAUGUGAGGGAGUGUCUAGCUCAGGCCAUUUUUCACAAGGUCUUAGACAUGGAGCGCCUUCAUCACACUGAGAUCAAGAGAAAACUUGAGGAAUUUGCACGGAGGGAACGAAUCCACAAAAUGAAGGCUGAGCGGACCAAGAGAUAUGAAGACGAACCAAUGCUAAUGCUGUCACCUCGGCCACCCACAAGGCCAAAGGUCUCACAUGCACGGCAUUCUGGGCCGGAGGGAGAGCAUUCUGAGUCAACAGAAUCUCCGAGUUCCUCCAGGCCAAACACGGCUCCAGGGAAGAUGCAGAGGCCUGUUCGACUCAAGCCCCUGAACAGCAAUAGUGCCACGGCCUCUCUGAAGAGAACCUCCCCUCGACACAGACUCCGGGACCAGGACUCCUCCAAUGACACCGAUCAGCCCCUCAGUUAUACACUGGACAGAGACGCCAAGAAACAUUUGACCACGACAGACUUCUCUAGCACUGUCUCGCCCUACCGUCUUCCUGUCAUCAACAACUACGUGACCCCCGUGCCGCCCCUCACAAAGAAGAAAGAAAGAGGGCCGAGAGUGAACGGCACACUCAGGGGUCGAACGUUAAGACCCACUACCGCACCAACAGCUGCUACAGAGCCAUCUUCUCUCCAGAGGACAUCAGCUCAGAGUAAAGUGUUAGUAAGCAUGGUGUACUUUGGGAAGAGUGUUCACCUGUCCCAUGAUCUGAUGGACCUUAGAGAUGAAGUGAAGGUUUUUCAGCAGCACUGUGGCGGAGAGAACCUGUGUGUCUACAAAGGGAAGCUGAGAGAGGGAGAAAUGUUCCAAUUUGUGUCAAGACGUCACCAAGGAUUUCCCUUCAGUCUUACUUUCUUCCUGAAUGGCCUGCAAGUGGAACGGCUCAGCUCCUGCUGCGAGUUUAAACACAGGAGAGGCUCUCGGCUGGGGGGCAGACACGGACACUUCGGAUUUUGCGGUGUGGAGGGAGCCUCUCCAUGCUACAAGUGUAUUAUUGCCAUGGGCUUGGACAAAAAACCCACCCCUCCUCAAAAAAGAGUGAAAGAGGAGCUGCCAACCUUUAAAUCCCCUAUUGCUAAGGAGGCCACAGAUGUAGAUGAGGACAUAGAGACACAGUCUAAUGCAGAGCUUGACACACCUCAGGAAAUGGACACAGAACCUAAUCGAGAAACAACAGGACAGAAAAAGACCAAAGAUGACUAUGAGGAAGACUUUGAGGCAGAUGAUGAAGGACCAGUUGAAGAUGGGGAUGAAGCAGAGGAAAAUCUAGUUUCUGCUGCCACUGGGGAAGAAAAAGAAACUGAGACCAGGGAUGAAAAUUACAUAAAUGAAGAGAAAAGCAACUCUGACAGCGAUGACACCAGUAUGUCCAAGGUCAAAAGGUCAUCAUCUGUCUCAUCUGGUCGAACAUCCAGUUUGUCCAGCAGUGACAAUGACAACAGUGAAAGAGAAAUUGUGGAGGACACCAAAGAAAUCUCCACUGCGGAUGUUCCAGAGGAGAGUUUACAUGCAGAGGAAGUUCUCACCACAGCUGAGAACCAGCCGGAGGAGACAGAGGCCACAGAGUCCAGCGAUGUUACAUUACCUCGAGCUGCAGUGGAAGAUUCUGGCACACAGGAUAGUCCAGGGGAUGGCAUGGAGAAGAGCGACCUGGAAAUGUCAGAAGACACAGACAAGAAAGAGGGAACUGAAGAUGAGCAAUCUGGGGAGCAUGCCAAACCUGAAGAUAAGCCACAAGAAAAUCAACCAGAGAGAGCCAAGUCAAUGCAGGAGAAGUUGGCUGAGGCCAUUUUGAAGCAAUCUCAAUGUAGUUCAGAGCCAGAGUUUAGUGAUACAAGCACAGAAGAAGAUGAAGGGGCUUCAGUGAAGACCCUAAAGGAUGGCCAAGUAGGCAAAAUGGCUGAAAUCACUUUACCUCAACCAUCAAAAACACAAGAUGAUAUUCCAGAUGAAAGUGGAGCCAACUCACAGGAGGCUGCAUGUGAGGAAAGGGUGCAUGUUGAGAUGGGUCAGCUUACAGAAGAGACAAAUACACAGGAACCUCAUUUCCACACAGAAGAUGAACAAGAAAUAGAUGAAACUAAGGAAGGAGCGGAAAGUUUAGACAUGGAAGAAAAGCAGGUGGAAGAACAUAGUGAGAGUACAAAUGAGGUUGAACAACCAGAUAAAAGAGAGGAAGUGAUAACUGAAAUGGAGGAGACACAGGAGAAAGUUACGGAUGAUGACAAUUCAAUUGCAGAGGUACAAGAUUCAUUAGUACAAAAAACAGAGACACAUGCUGAAACGCUGGACACUGAGAUUCCAGAGAUGGAGGGAGAGGGUUCAGCGUCUAAGACAGAGAAUGGUACAGAAACAGGUGCAGAUGACACUGAGAGGCAGCGAGACACUGAUGACGCAGAUCAGAACAUUGAGAGGAGGAGCGAUGGACAGACGGACAGAGAUGAAAGAGAAGACCUAGUAGAUGAAGCUGGGGAUGAUAGGUCAACUGGGGAAAUGGUACAGGAGACAGAUGGCAAGGUGGAUGUUGGGGGCUCUGUUGGUAAGGUGGAAGAGGGAGAAAAAUCUAGUGAAGAUAAGGCAGAGGAGGAACCAACUGAAAAGCUAGAGGUUGAGGAUAGAAUUGAAUCUCUGGGAACAGAAGAGGCAAUGAAACCUGGGGAAGAAGAGACCCAAGAUAGUGAGGAAGAAAAUAAGGGUGGCCAUGAUUUAAAUGCAGAAGAUGAAAAUGAGGACAGUACAGAAAAAGGUAAAGAUGGUGUGAAUGAUGAACAUAAUGAAGGAGAAGCUGAAGAACUGUCUAGUGAGGCUGGGAUUAGACAAAAUGAUUCAGAGGGUGGUCAAUAUGUGAGGACACAGGGUAAUGAAAUAGAGGAUGAUGGACUGACUGAUGAACAGAAUAAAACAGAAGAUGGAGAACAGAUUAUAAAUAAACUUACUGUUGAGGCAGAGGAAGAAGGGCAAGAGAAACCAAACAGUGAGGAGGGUAUUGGAGGAGAAACUAAAAAAGUGAAAGAUGAAACAAUGGAAAAUGGGGUUCAGAUAGAGGAAGAAGAGGCAAAAGUGGAGGACAAGAAGAUAGAUGAUAUGGUAGAGGGAACAGAUGAAAAUUGUGUUGAGAAUGAGUUAGAAACAGGUGAAAAGUUGGUAGAAGAGCCAGAAAAAGAGGUGACAGAUAUGAACAAAAUUUGUGAGAAUACAUUAGAUACAGGUAAUGGGAAAGAAGAGGCAGUUUCUGAUGAAAAUACAGCCCAAGAACUAGAACUCAACUUUGAGGUACAAAAUGAGGAAUCUGUUUCACGGGAAGAACAAAAUGAAAUUGGUUCAAGGGGGGCAUCCAAUGAUGACAUAGAGGCCAGUGCCAAGGAAGAAGUAGAUGAACCUACUGGUGUGAAUAAUGACCUGCUGGAUGGUAACAUAGAUACUGAAAAAGGAGAAAGACAAGAUGUCAGUCAUGAGGAGGCUGAGAAGGUAGAAGAAUAUCUCCAAGAGGAAUUGCAAGGAAAAUCAGAGAGUGAGACAACUGGCGAUAGGGCUCAAGAUGUUUUAGAUGAUAAUGAAAUGCCAGAAACUGAUAAAAAUAUGAAAGAAAUAGAAAAAGAUGUUGACCAAGAGCAAGAGAUUGAAAACAAGUCAGAUACUGAACUUGUUCCCUCAGAAAGAGAGUCUAAAUUGAGCAAUGAACAUGAGGACCAGACCAGUGACAAUCAAAAAGCAGACAAACAGGAUGACCAAGAAAAGGCUGAUAAAGAAUUGGAAACAUCUGCAACAACAUUGAUUGAAAAUGUAAGCUCUCAGAUAACCCAGGAGAUGGUCAAUAAGGAUACACAAAAUUACAUUGUCUCUGCAGAUGCCACAGCACAAGAACCAAGUGAGUCAGAACUUAAAGGUACUGACACUGAACUGAGAAGUAGAGAUGCUUCUAAAGUAAUGGAUCCUGAUCCAGUGGAACCUCAGGAAAAGAAAGGGAAUUCUGAAAAUAAUGAUGGUGGUUCAUCUGUUUCCCAUUCACUAAAAUCACAGCCUGUAGAUAAGGUUAAAAAAGGGGUUAAAGGUCCAGUUCUGAGCAUUGAUUCAGAGGAUCUUGCCAAUCAUUCAACAGCUUUAACUAAAGCAGUUGGGGUGGAUCUAGUAAGUAAUUGGAUUAACAUACACCAGGAAUCAAGGUAUUUUCAGACAUUCAUCGAGCCGCUUGAUGAAGAGGGUCUCAUCGUGGAAGAAACAGAGGAGAGGCUAAAUGGUACUGAUAUUGAGAGCCUUGAUGAAACACUCAAGAGUAGAGACGAAACUGCAACUCCUGUAAGGAAAAUUCUCAAUGAAAAUGCAGAGUCUGUAGUUGAAAGCUUGAAAACAGAGACUAAAGUUGAGGCCAUAGAAACAGAUGCUCACAGUGAUUUCUCUAAAGACAGUACACAUACCUCAACUAAAGAUGAAAUAGUCCAGGAGGCUGGAGAUACUAGAGGUUCCUUGGUCACUACUUGGUCAAGACAGAGUAAUGAUGAACACACCAAUCAAAAAGACACUUCUGGACAGGAAACUUCAAUGAAAGAUGAAGCCAUAAACCUUGAGACAUCAGCAACAUCUGAAGACAAUCAAGAGCAAACACCAUCUGAAUCUGAACAGAAGGAUGUAUCUACAGAUGUCGACCUGAAUGCAAAAGAGUCAGAAAGAAGUAAUCAACAAGAAGUGACUGAUGAAACCACACAUUUAUUCCAAACAGAAGAAGCAAGUAACAAAGAGACCCUAGAAAGUUCGGAAUAUAUCGAGCCUCAGAGUCCGACACUCACAGUAAUUACAGACCUCACAAUCAUCAAUAAAUCAGAAAACAGGAUCCAAGACGACACUGCAAGUGUAGACUUCCAUUCUGGACAGUCAGAUGGAAGCAGGAACGUGGACGGAAACAGGAAAACAAAAGUUAUUGAUGGCCAUUUAACACAGACUCUCACCAGCAGAGACACUUUAAGCACUUUCUCAUUGGACGACUCAAGGCUUUUUGGGCCCACAGGAUAUCCCAUUUUAACGACUGCUCACACGGAGAACAGUUAUUAAUACAAUGGUAAAUCCUUCAGCUAACCCAGGGGUGUCCAAUCCUUCUCCUGUCCUGCCGAGUUUAGGUCCUACCCCUAUUAAACAUAUCUGAACCAGUUAAUCAAGGUCUUCAGGAUUACUAGAACUUCCAGACAGGUGUGUUUGGGCACGUUUGAACUAAAAUCUGUAAGACAUCGGCCUUCCAGAUGCAGGAUUGGACACCCCUGCCUUAGCUCAUGUUAAUGGGUUUAAAAUAAUGGCACUUGCUUUUCCUCAUCAGAGAUUCAUAGUGAGUCCUGUGUGCUUGGUAGGGAAGCUAUCAACAGCCCACUGAAAAUAGACACCGUAGGAGACACGUGGCACAAAUAAUUUAAUUAUUCAUGAUCCAGAGCCCUCCUCUUGGUCAGGCUGCACUAUAGCAGUAGAAACUAAAGGCUGGAAUACAUUUGACUUUUAAAAUGUGAACAGAUUUUAAAACACUGGGCAUCAUACACUUACUGAGUUUGUGAUAGUCACUGAGGAAAAACUGAGGAUCGUACACUCCCUGACUUUAAAGUUGUUCUGAUCACAACAAAUUCACACAGAAACUUGCAAGCUGUUGCUAAGAUACGCAUGACAAAUGAAAACAAUAUGCGUUCUAAAAUCAGCUCAAAAUAUCAAACAUGCUUUAUAUCCUAUAACUGGAUGGAAUUAUAGACUGAAGCAAAAAAAUUGGAGUCUGUGAACAUCAUGCACUACACGAUUUUCUAUGGAAUCUGACUACUCAAAUCUGCUGACUGGCUCUGACUUUUGGCUACUAGCAUCAGCUUCUCCAGACUGUAAAGAAU